CUGGUACCUCAGAAAGUCGAUAUAUCAGACUGGAAGUCAUCAGCGGAAAGAGUCUUCAGGUCCCCUCCUGCCGCAUUCCUGCUGGCAUCUACAUAUCCAUCAAUGUCGACUCCCGGAGGCGCUGGAAAUCAGCUAUCGGUGUCUUAUCAUCUGAUGAAUCUGUAGCUUGGGGGGAUACUAUCACUCUGUAAAGUCCAUGGACACUUUUUGACGUGAUGCGAAAACUGAUCGUCAGUUUGUAGAUCAUCACACUCUUCACCUGCGUUGUCAGUGGAGAUUAGGGCGCCCUUUGAGCUUGGUCGAAUGCUAGGCGGUGGAGAAGUCAUCGGCGAACUUCAAAUGUCGUGGGAUGAGCUACUUGAUCAUGGAGAUGAGCCAUUUGAUAUAUCCUUCCCACCCGUGUUCGGUGUCAAACCUUCCCUUAAGCUGAAGGCCGCCAUUGUGCAUGCUUGCGACGAUCAGGACGACGCACUGUUUGAUUCCCUCGCAGACUGCGAGAUUGCUCGAGACACAGAUGCGGGCCACGCACAAUUUGCCGCAUAUGUGACGAGCAAGACAGUCUCUCACCUGAACGACGCUGUAAAGCAUUUUCAGUUGGUUCUGGACCAGUGUCCGGUCAGCCAUCCAGACCAUGCAACGGCUCUCACCAACCUCGCGCGGGCCUGCCUUGAAGGCUACAUCCGAAAUGAUGUUGAUGACAUCGAUGCCACCACUUCCCUCUUCCGCGACGCCCUUGCAUUGCGUCCGCAGCCCCAUCCUGAUUAUCCCUUAUCUCUAUAUAAUGUCACCGAAGCGCUGAAUUGGCGUCACGACAAGAAAGGUACUGCUGCCGACAUCCGCGAAGCCGCCCAACUGUAUCAUGAACUACUGCCUCUCUGUCCAGAGGGCACCUACCUUCGUAGCAUCGCGGCAGGGAAGAAUGGUGUCAAUUAUGUGAUCGGCGGAUGCAACAGUCUUCCAAAAGACGCAUCUGAUGAAGGCAUCCAUCUUCGAAGAGUCGUCCUCGAGCUCUGUCCUCUGGGCCAUCAACUCCGUCCGAAAGCCCUCGACAAGCUUGCACAAGCGGUUGAAGAACGCUUUAAUCAGCACGGCAGCAUUGAUGAUCUUGACACAAGCAUACAACUUGGUCGUGAAGCCGUGUCUCUGUGCCCCGAGGGACAUGCUAGCCAUGGUACCUACCUGAACAACUUGGCCUUUUCACUUGCAUUGCGAUUCGAUCAUCAAGGCAAACUGAAUGACCUCGAUGAGGCCAUCUCUUUGCACGAAGGAGCGUUGCGCCUGUAUCCUGUUGGGCACCAAUAUCGUGUUUUCUCAUUGAACAACCUAGGGGGCGUUCUCGUCGAACGUUUCAAUGAACGCGGCGACAUUGAUGACAUCACCCAAGCCAUCAGCCUCUAUCGGGAAGCACUGACGUUGCGCCCACUUGGGCAUCCACGUCGUGACACCACGCUGCACAACCUGGCGCUCGCGCUCAAAACCAGAUAUGACAAAACGCAUGUUAGCGAGGAUUCCAACGAGGCCAUUGAUUUAUAUCGUGAAUCCCUUCGGUUAAUGCGGCCUGACCAUCCAGGGCGCCAUAAAACUCUUCGCAAUUUGAGCUCGGUGCUCUGCUCUCGUUUCACGCAAACUCAGAAGAAUGAAGAUGUCGAGGAGGCCAUUGUUCUUUGCCAAGAAUCAUUGGCGGCUCCAUCUUCAUUGCACCCGGGCAGGUAUUUCAGCUACAUGCAGCUGAAGAAUGCCUAUUUAUCUCAUUACCGGAUUUCACACAACCCUGCUGAUUUGUCGCAUGCAGUGGAGAACUUCAGACUUGCAUCGCGGCACCCCACUCAAGGAUUCCCACAACGGAUUCUGACAGCAUACAAAUGGACCGUUGCUGCGGAGCAGGAUGAUCAUGGAUCUGCAUUAGAGGCAUACAGCACGUGUUUCGACCUUCUUGAUGGUCAUUUGGCAACGCGAUCAUCGACAAUUUCACGACGUGAAGCUGCUACUGCCUUCAAUGGUGUCAAAUCGCUGCCUGUAGAUGCAGCCUCAUGUGCCAUACGUCAUGACGAUCUGCGACAGGCAGUUGAACUCGCAGAGCGGGGUCGUGGUCAGCAGUGGUCGCUGGCAUCUCGACUCAGGACUCCAGUCGAAGACCUCGAGUCAGCAAAUCCGACACUGGCGCGCAAUUAUUUGGAACUGAGCAAGCUCAUUUCCAAUGCAGCCCAGAGUUCUGCAACCAUCACCGACAGAGCUGCUGCUGAUCGGGCAGCAACAGAGUAUAGGAGACUUACAAGGCAAUGGGAAGCCGCGAUAGCUAAGAUACGCGAUCUUCCGGCGUUCUCGCGGUUCCUGCUUCCACCCUCGUAUGAAGAUCUGCCAGCGGCAGCGCGCCAGGGACCGGUCAUCAUCCUCGUUGCCAGUCAAUACUCGUGCAGCGCCAUCAUCGUCCCGACGUCAGGAAACCCCCAUCAUGUUUCUUUGCCGUCUGUCACCCUUGCAGAUCUGACUAAUCUCAAGGAUCGCUUCGCCAGGGCAAUACGAGAUUCAUCUCGGAUGAACCCAAGGGAGUCGAGGACGGAUCUCAUAGUGCUCUCACGGAUAAUAUGGGACCAAAUCAUGCUACCCAUCGUCAACUUGCUCGAGCACGUCCUCAAACUAAAGCGCCGCUCUCGAAUCUGGCUGUGUCCCACUGCAGCUUUCACGUCCAUUCCUCUCCAUGCAGCUCAUCCGUUUCAAACAAAGGCGGAUCGUUCUGGGAAGGAGCCAUGCCUGGAGGACCUCUACAUUUGCUCUUACACCCCGACACUUUCAGCUCUGAUUAGAUCUAGACAGUUGAUGAAGAAACGCGUGCUUCCUUCCUUCGUGGCUAUCGGACAGGGUCAACCAGGUGCAGGGAAAGGCAAGGCGCUCUUGGCAGUCGAAAGCGAGCUCGAGCUUGUCCAUACACUCGUCCCCGCGAUGGCCAACCGCACUACUGUUUCUGGCGACGCAGCCACACGAGCAGGCGCACUCUCAGCUUUGCAGCAGAACACCUGGGUGCACCUUGCUUGUCACGGCAAGCAGGACCCUACGCAGCCUUACGAUUCACAUUUUGUCAUGAGAGACGAACAUCUGACGCUGCUCGAUAUCAUGGAGAGACAUGUUCCGCAGGCCGAGUUCGCGUUCUUAUCGGCUUGUCAUACUGCCGUCGGCGAUGAGGAGACGCCCGACGAAGUGAUCCACCUCGCAGCUGGUCUCCAGUUUUCGGGUUUCAAGAGCGUCAUUGGCACGUUGUGGGAGGUCGAUGACUCUGUCGCAACACACGUCGUCGAAGCUUUCUACAAGUAUAUGUUCGGAGAUUUGAAGGAUGGUGGUGUCAUGGACUGCACGAAGGCAGCCUGGGCACUCAACUGUGCUACGCACUCGGUGAAAACGAAAGUGCCGCUUGAGCAGAGGAUGGUUUUUGUUCAUAUUGGUGUGUAAUUCUAUGUCGUAUUGCUGUCGUCUAGUACAUAUUCAUGUGUUGUUGAUCUGCGAUUCUCUUUCAUCCUGUUAUACAAAUGACCCUUAUACAUAUUCUUGCGCUCUAGCUAUCUUGUACAUAGUAGGAUGGAUUAUCAUCAUAUUAGGGAGACGUGCCGCGAUGCCGGUCCCGACACCGUUGUCCG